AUGGCCGACUUCGUGCUUGCAGACGUCACGGAUUCCGCCCUGGACGGCAUCAUUGCUGGCUUCCCCGCCGCUUACGCGGAAAAGGUGGGGAAGACGGGUAUAGAGCGCGGGGCAGCGCAUCUCGCCUCCGACGUCGCCGCGGGGUGCUUCUCGGCGUUCAUGAGCAUGCAGUGUUCUUCUAUAUUUCCCCGAUGCACAGUGCCGCAGUCGGGCGAAGAGCCCAUCGCCGCGGGCGGCCGGGCACCAAUGUGCCUCCACCUCUGCAUCCUGCCGCUGAUUACGUGCCCUGGGUUUUGGAUCAGCGACGUCGCUGGCCCGUGCUCGAUGGUGUCUGUGCCGCCCGUGUGUGCGCAAGCGUUUUAUUGGAACACGGCCUGGCCCGUCGAUGGCCUUGCCGCGCGCGGCGAAGCGGCGUCGCCGUGGAAGCAUCGAUUGCCUCCGCAGUAUUCAAGUUUCGACGAUGCGAACCCGUUCCCGAGCGAUUGCCCUGUUCCCGACCAUGGGCCAGGAGGCAUGGACUCCGCGGAGGCUGAAGCCGACGCAGACAUGGCGUCCAAGUUUGCGCGCGCGGCGAACCAGAUUCUCGUCGACCUUGUCAGUGCGAUGCGUUGUUUGCUUCCCUUCGCGUGCGCGGGCGUCGCCGCUGGGUUGCUCCUCGGCGGCGCGGACAAUCUGACCGCGGCGCAAUUGUUCCCGCGGGGCCAGAGCCCAACGGACGAGGCAAGCGCGAUCGAGGAAAGUUUCCGCAUCGCGUACGGUCAUUUCGAGAAAAGGCGAGGCCCGCGGCGCGAGUUGUCGGUGUCGCGGCAGUGGCUGGCGCAGCUUCGACCGGAAGGUUUCGUCAUGAUCGGCGCGAGCGCGCUGGGCGGAGGGCACGGGGCCUCGCUGCGCGCGGCAGCGCUUACGACCUCGUCGAACAAGCGCAGGGCCCCGCUGCUGCAGGGCUGCUCCAGCCAAUGGCGCAGCGACCGCGAGCCGCCCGCGCGCCGGGGGCUUGCGCGCGCUCCGAGACGCUGUGCCGCAGUGGCGACGGAGGCGGCAGAGCGUGAGGGGCGCGUUCAGCUGGCGGUCAGCGCAGUUCGAGUGUCGCUUGAAUGGCGCCCGGAAAGCGGCCUCGGGCAGGGGUUGCAGGAGGCGCAGGCCGAGAUGCUCGCCGACGUCUCGUCCGCGGCGGUGUUUAGGCUGAGUAAUUUCGAAUCCGGGACGCUGCGCACGGCCUUGCGCGUGUGGGGGCAGUGGGCCGAGUGGGCGGGCCGGCAAGGGCAGCCGGCGACGAGUCUGGCGCGGCAACCCAUGGCAGUCGCCGAGUUCGUGCAUAAGCUCUCGAUCGCACGGACGUCCGGCGUCAGGAUCUGGAACGCCUUGAAGUGGAUGUGCGUACAUUUGAAAGCGCCUUUCUGCCUGGACGAUGCGUUUCGCCCUGUGCCACGUGAUCCAGGCAGUGGAACCGUAGCACCGCCGGCCCAGGCCACUGUCGUCGAACCCGAGAUGAUUUACCAUGUGAUCGAUUUCCUGGAUGGCGCGAGAACGCCUGGGCAAGUCAUGCUCGCGGCUGGGAUGCUGGCGGCGGUAUUCGCGUGGGUGAGGUACACGCACCUGCUGCGCUCUAGGCCUUUAGAGAAGUCUGUUUAUUUUUGCUGGUUCCGCGCAUCGAGGGGGAAGCAGGGAAAGCGACAGGGGCGACCUUCGUUCGAUUGGUGCUUGCCGAGGCGGCUAGGUGGCGCGCGGUCCGCCGCUGACGCCUUGUGGGAUGGUUGGCACAAGUUGGCGGCGCGGGAAGAUCGAGCAGGAAGGGCUGUGCCGACGGGGCUCGUCUUCGAUCCAGUUUCCGGCGCGCCGGUGAAGUUGGGUGCCUUUAACCUAUCGCUGAAGGAAGUAUUCCGAGGCUCGCUAGCGGACGAUUCCCAGUUAGAUCUUGUGACUUCGUACAGUUUGCGCCGGGCUGGGCCUACAUGGGCGAGCGCGAUACAAUUGGACUGGGAAGCCCGAGACAUCUCGGGCGGUUGGACGGAGGGGGGAGACAACUCCCGUCGGAACCAGAUGCCGAUCGUGUAUAACGCGCGUCGGCGGCAAGCCGAGAUGUGCACGCGCCUGCACAUGGCCGGAGUGUUGUCGUGCCUGCGGACCGAUCUGGAGGCCCCAGUGCAGUGGGAGCAAGUGCGAUGCUGGGCGAGUUCUGCGCCAGGAAAAGUAAUGAUGGCCGACCUAGAGAAAGAGGCGCAGCAGCGGGUGGCGGUGUCGACCGUUCGUGAGAAGGCCGCGUUCUUGCCCGCGUCGGUCGUCGAGGAGUUGAGGCGGCAGAAGUUUCUCCGGAUAAUCGUGGCCCCGCGUGGCCCGGCCGCGUUCCAAGCGCGGGGAGUUGACUGCGCCGGUCGCGCGGUGACCGCGCUUCCAGGUGACGAGGCAGCGCAGGGCGCGGAGUUGGGUGAAUGUGACGUAAAGGGCUCAGAUGGCGCGCCAGCGCACUGCGCGCCGCCAGUCAGGGAGCUGGCCGCGAAGUAUCAGUUUGAUGAGCGCAUCGCCACCCACCUGGUCGAAACCGUGGGUCUAGAGACGUUGAUCGAUUUCGCGCAUGCCGUCACGAGCGAGAACGAGUGGGCGCCGAUCCUCGAGCGCGUGCCGGAUCUCGAGAGGAGGCUGGGACAGCUGUCCCGCGUGCGCCAGAUCACCAUGGCCGACUUCGUGCUUGCAGACGUCACGGCGUGCUUCUCGGCGUUCAUGAGCAUGCAGUGUUCUUCUAUAUAUCCCCGAUGCACAGUGCCGCAGUCGGGCGAAGAGCCCAUCGCCGCGGGCGGCCGGGCACCAAUGUGCCUCCACCUCUGCAUCCUGCCGCUGAUCACGUGCCCUGGGUUUUGGAUCAGCGACGUCGCUGGCCCGUGCUCGAUGGUGUCUGUGCCGCCCGUGUGUGCGCAAGCGUUUUAUUGGAACACGGCCUGGCCGUCGAUUGGAACUUGCCACGGCGGGGCGGCGAAGCGCGUCGCCGUGGAAGCAUCGAUUGCCUCCGCAGUAUUCAAGUUUCGACGAGGCCACGCCGGGCCGGGUUGUCUGCGAUUCACCGGCCAGCGCCGGCACCGCGCAGAAUUCGCGGAGCUCGCUGAGCGUUCGGGCAAUGGCAGCGCCGCGCUGCGACGUCGCGCCACCGUCAUGUUCCCGCGAUCG